GCUGGUUAGCCGGGCUGCUACAGCGCGCUGGCGUAUCAUACUGAUGUGAUUGGCUGACAGGGUUCCUUCCUGUACAGGCGGAAGGAGAAGCGCCAACAGUUACCAUGAGACGAUUUAUUUUAAUUGCCGUGAGACGAUAGGACUCUUGACAGCUCAGAAGGAUUCUGCUCACAAGAUUGCCGACGGUGAAGUGAUUUGUGACAUAUGCUUACGUAUUGUAAGAGGAGAUGAAUCGCACAGGACCCGAGAUUCCCACAGUAUCUCUCAGAAUGUUCACCUUUGAAGAAACCCAGAACAGCAAGCAGGAGUCGCUGAGCGUGUCCAUACCCGAGGUCCUGGAUGCGCAGUACGGCAUGUACGUGUGGCCCAGUGCGGUGGUGUUGGCUCAGUACAUCUGGAGCAGAAGAGCCGACGUGAAGGACAAGACGGUGCUGGAGCUGGGCGCAGGUGUCAGUCUUCCGGGCGUGCUGGCAUCCCGCUGCGGCGCCAAGGUCAUCCUGUCCGACGCCGCCGAUUCACCGGCGUGUUUGGAGAACUGCAGACGCAGCUGCGAGGCCAACGGUCUGUGUGACGUGCUAACGCUGCCUCUCACCUGGGGGGAAAUCUCCCCCCGCCUGCUCCAGCUUCCACGCCUCCACCUCAUCUUGGCGUCCGACGUUUUCUACGAGCCACGAGAUUUUGAGGACAUCUUAGUCACUGUUGCUUUUCUUCUGCGAAAGAACCCCAAUGCUCAGUUUUGGAUGACUUACCAGGAACGAAGUGCAAUUAUAAUGGCCUUCAAGUCUCCAGGAUUUCCGCUAUUCGUGGUCCGGCCCUAUCCCCCUGCGAAUCGCGGGCGUCCACUGUUGUGCCCUCACAACGGCUGUGUUCAGAAUCAUUGAGCCAUUCCCUACUCCCUCAUCACUACAUGCGGAUUUUUAUUUUCCGGACUAUAUAAUCCGCUAUAUCAGAAUCCCUAUGUAGUGAUGAGGUAGUAGAGAAUGAGUGAAUGAUUCCAAACACAAUCACUGCUGAAUCCCUAUAUAAGGAUUUUUAGUGGACGUUUUAGUCAGCGAUGUAGUCCAAUGUAAUGCCAGGGUUACGGUUACUUUACCUCAUUCUAAUAUGACCACUUUUUCAGUGUUGCGUCAACAUGAUACAUGAUACCUUUUCUGAACAGCCCGAGAGGACAACUAAAUUACACACACUUUCGAAUACUACGGGGUAACACAAACAAACUAUAACGAUUACCGUCAUUUACUAUGUACAAAAGACUCUUGUUUGUUGAUGUUUUUUCACCAGGCAAAUGUUGUGGGUGCUAAAUUCGUCAGUUCUCCAUAGCUUCAAUUACGAGACUGUAGAGCGAGCGGUCGGAGAGCAAUAAGUUACGAAACCGAGAGUGAGGCAGUUAUUGAAGUUACAGAGCUAGCAGUGUUUCACAAAGUAGCGAAGAUAUUUACUUUCUGUGUGUGCGUGUGUGUUUAUGAGAAGUUUAUGCCACCAUUUUGUGUGUACAAUUAAGUUGGUGAAGUCUGUGUUGUACCAACCUGUUUUGUGCUAAAUUAGCAUGCAAUGCUACGUUCUGUGCUACAUUAACUUCGCGACUGCUACGAUUUAUGUCCGUAAGUAGGGCUCAUGUUGUGUUACUGUGUCCACCUUUAACUUGUAUCUGAUAACUUUUUUUUUUUUUGGAAAGAGUCUUUGUGUAGCCUUAAAACCAUUCAAAAAUAAACGUGUUACUAUUAUUAUGUUUCUGCUUAAUGGGCCCAAUGCAGCUGCUGAAUGUAAAAAAUAAUGUAACUUGUAAUCUAACUUGCUUUUGCAAUUUUGUUAUCAGUGAAGUAACUAUGUUGUUUUUUUUAAAGGGUAAUCAGAUAACUUUUUCAAGGUAACUGUGCCAACACUGAUCGUCCAUCAUAUAAAUAUCUAGCGAUGAGGGAGUAGGGAAUGAGUGAACGAUUGUGAACGCAGCCGCUGUAAUGCCAGAUGAAGUACAAAAGCAGAAAUGUGUUUGCGUGUCUUGUAGUGCUGAUUGGAGCAUUGAGUCGCUGCUGCACAAGUGGAAGCUGGUCUGCGUGGACGUUGACCUGGCAACCUUUAGCGCCAACAAAUCAGAGCUG